GAGGGGGAACAUCCGAGGACCGACACAAGGGAGUGAGUUGAAGUGGGCGGGGCAAGUGAGGCUGUACUCACCCAUUGGUGGCCGACCUGAUCCCCGCCUGUCAGUGUGUAUCUGGUGCUGGGACUGGGAGGGCGUCUUUUCUCUCUGGCUCCGUAGCUUGUAGUGGUGGCGCCAACUGAGGUCAUUUAGAAAAUAUUUAUAUAUAUUUUUUGCAUAGUAGUGACGCUAUUCAGAAACUGCCGCGCGAGUGAGUGGUAGAAUGAGAGAAACAUUCGAGAGGAAAAGCAGAAGAAAAAAAGAAAGUGAAAAUAGGAGAGAGAAAAACUGUUGGGGAUUAAGAGGAGCUUGUCCGGAGACUAAUCUCCUUCCGAACUGAUAAUAAAUACCCAGGGAAGUACAUAAACAGGUGCUAUAAAAAAACGAAAAAAAAAAAAAACGAUUUUAUAUAUAUCACUAGGUUUAACAGACAAAGAAACAUUAAAAACAACAACAACCUUCACGUGACUGCACCUCGAAAGCCCCGGAUGAAAGGGAGGGGAAGCCAUGAUGCAGUGAUCUUGUUCUUGAGAUGAAAAAUACACCCGAUUUAACGCAACUUUCGCAGGCGUCGGGUUGGGUCACUUCCUCGAAGGCCGUCUGACCAUGACAGAUUCAUGCGAGAAAAGCCGCUGGACAAGUUUGUGUUUUGUGUUCGAAUCGUCGGGGAAGAAACGGUGAUGAUGCGAGGAUAAAACCCCAUCCUGUGGAAAGGCGUUGGAAUGUGAGAAAACCCUAGUCCUAAUCUUUCCCUUUGAGGAGGAGGAUAAUAACACAGCGUCUUUUUUUUUCCCUUUUCUUCCUCUUGAGACAAUUUUCGUAUAGGAAGAUGAUCACUAGAAAAUCUUUAAUCCAUAAACAUACGCCUCUUGUUGAUGUUCGUUCGUAGAGGAGAGGAUUCGAGACAGUUCCUCGGAGGAGAAGAAAAAUCACGUUUGGAUCUUGAUUCGACCCGCGCUUCGCUACAAUGGCGGUCCCGAUGACGCUACACGAAGACCAUCAAGUGUUGGGGGAGGAUUACUGCUCCGGCUACAUCGACACCUUCGGCAAGUGGAGCAAUGGGUUCCCCUGUCCGAGCCUGGAGACGGAGGAACCUGUGUACUGCUGCGGAACGAGUAACUUCAAGUACUGUUGCACCAAGAGGGACAUGCAAAACAUCACCAGGGAUAUUCCACAGUUGCCGCUGAUCCUUGGCGUGGUGUUCGGAGUGGCGGUCGCAGUGAUCGUUAUCGUGGUCGUGUCCUGCUUUCACUGCUCCUGCUGCCUGCUCUACAAGAAGCGACAGCCCACCAAUGGAGGACCUCUCUACCAGAUGCACUGCUCAUCCACAGCCUCGGGUGUGGCCAAUAUGUACAGCUUCUCCGGCACCACCACGCCCUCUGAGACGCCCCGCUCCCUCUCCAGAGCUUCUUCAAGAUCACACGGGACGGUCGAGUCGGCGGGAUCUGUGUCGAGUAACCACUUCGACCACAGGAACCUGCUCGACGGCGAGGAGCCCCGGCCGCCCGUGCAGACGUUCGCCGUCGACCGGCGUGUGCUCGGACCCCGGCCAGUGUCCCUCAACAUGAGCGACCGAUCGAGCAGCAUCUCCGAGGGCGGCCCCACCGACCCGCCGCCGCCCUACUCGGCCCCGCACUCCACCCUCGUCGCAGUCCGGACGUCCUCCGCCUACGCCCUCGCCGCUACGCCCCGGCCGCCCUCGCCCACCUACGGACACCACAAUCCGUACGUGAUUAGCGGUGGCGACAGCGGCUACAGCUCGGGGCCUCUCGCUACGUUCCCACAGACGUUCUUGUCUCCAGCUUCGCCCGCCCGCCCUCCGCCCCUGAGAAUCACGUCCGCGAUGCCCCAGACCUUCGCCCCCGCCCUCACGCCCACCACCCGGCCCUGCAGCACCGCCCAUAUCAUCCACACACACCACCCGGGCCCCGACGAGAACCUCUACACUGCCACGAAGUUUUAAGGGCGCACUGCUCCUGCGGCUGACACCUCCUGUUGCUCUACUUCCUCUGCAUGAUGCACACCACGCACACACACACACACACACACACACACACACACACACACACACACACACACACACACACACACACACACACACACACACACACACACACACACACACACACACACACACACACACACACGCCAACGCAGAGGAAAGGGAGCGCUCCUAGGACGGUGGGUUUGAGGUCCGCAGAACAAAGGAGGCGAGACAUGUAGAAGAGAUAAGGAAGAGAGAUAAAAAGGGUCAAGCGACGAGAACUGUUCGGGGGCAGCAUGGUUGGGGGAGACCAUGGAGCCCCGGGAACUUCAAGGAGGAAGGAAGGAAGGAAGAGGGGGAGGAGGGGAGAAGAAGCAGUGGGGAGAAAAAGUACAUCACGUCCAGUUAUCGAAGACCGAAGACUUUUUCACAAGGGAGAGAAGAAGAAAAAAAUUGAGAGAGGGAAAAAAAAGAGAAAAAAAAUGGAAAAAAUGCCUAAGUUUCUGAGCGUCUCCGAAUCCUUCCGGUGACGAGAGAUAAAACUUUUUAAAUUGCUCAGAAUGCCAAGGCCAUAACGGGCAGCCAUGUUGACGGCGACCAGCCCCUUAACCCCUUGAGCGAAGGGGACCGUCCAGGUGGCUGGCGAGGAGGGGAGGGAGGGGCAGGGGAGGGGCAUCCCUCGCCACCCCGCUCUCAACUUCUCUUGGUCGACUUUGAGGAGACUUUUUUUGCUCUCACUGAUGGUGCAUACUGUUUAUAACAAGGCUGAUUCAGAAGCCGUGUGUUUUUAUGUGUGUGUAUAUAUAGAAGACGACAAAAAUGUAUUCUGAAGUGAUGAUUUCCCGAUUGUGUUGGCGACUCUGUAGCAGAAUCCAAGAGGUCCAACUUUGCAAGGGUCGUCUGAACACAAUCUCCUUUAUGCUGUGUGUGGGAUGCGAACACUGGGUGAAAGAAAGGAGUUUCCGUGAACGUUAUUUUGAAGAUCUUUUAUUUUGUAUUUCUCACUUUUUACCCGCAAACCCUACACCCUGGUACAUGUACUUAGGUCCAAAGUGUAAACUCUUCUCUCUCUCUCCGUGAUAACUUCGAUCGCUUUGCCUAGCUCUGUGUAGUGUGCUUGUACACGUACAAGAGCGGUGUUGAACAAGUGUGCGAGCUGGGAAGGGGAGACGGGAGCGGGGAGAGGUGAGGGAGGGGAGAGUGGAGUGGAGAAGAGAGGGGAGAGUGGAGAGGAGAAGAGAGGAGAGAGGAGAGAGUGAGAGAGUGAGAUCCCAAGCACAACAAGCACCGCAACUUUCAAUUCUAGCGUCGAGGGAGUUUCGCCCAAACUCGGCAGAACUGUUCUUCCGAGCUCUGAGAACUUAUCAUUCAGGUAUUAUAAACUUUCCGAGGCUGUUCUCUCCAGGAGGGCUCUCGCAGCUGUUUCACGUGACUGAUACUCAUUAAUUAAAUGAAAAAAAGGGAAAAAAACAAAAAACAAAAACAACAACUAAGCCAAGAACUAUAUUUAUUUUUGGAAAAGGGGAAAAAGAAUUUGGCAGUGAUGAAUAGAAAAAUGAACCAGAAAAGAUAGAUAAGAAGGAAAAAAUUGAAAAAAAGUAAAACAAAUCUCGUGACAUACUUUGGAGAACGUCUAUGGUUUAUGGUGCUUCCCCCUUUUUGGUUCAACUUAGAAUGAGCGAAAGAAAAUGAGCAUAUAUCUAUAUUUUUUGCUAAAAUAUGAAUAGAUGAUAUUGUAGGUGAAAAAUAUACCAGAGAGUCACGCCAGAGAUUAAGAGAACCACUUUCCUGUCUCUGCCUCCCUCCCUCCUUCCUCUUCCUCCUCCUUUAGCUGUUCUUCUAUUCUUCUUCAUCCUCCUCAUUCUUCUUUUCCUCCUCCUCCUCCUCCUUCCGUUCCCAUCCCCCCUCCCUCCCUCCCUUCCCCCGACGCCCUACCACAAAUUGGUUUCCUCGAAUUAGACUCCCGCUGCUCUUUAACGCUUCGAGACUCCAGAAGCGAGAAGAAGAGAAAAAAGAAGAAGAAGAAUUGGAAGAGCGAGAGGAGAAUAACAAUAAUAAUAAUAACAAUAGCAAGUCCAGAUGAAAACGAGACCGUCCGAUUAAAACUUCCAUCGCUUAGAGCCAAGACCCGAUCGCGGGUCGCUGGCCCGGCGGGGGGCGUCGGUCCCUCGUGGCCCGUCGGUCCCUCGUAGCCCGUCGGUCCCUCGUGGCCCGUCGGUCCCUCGUGGCCCGUCGGUCUCACAUGGCCCGUCGGUCCCUCGUGGCCCGUCGGUCUCACAUGGCCCGUCGGUCCCUCGUGGCCCGUCGGUCUCACAUGGCCCGUCGGUCCCUCGUGGCCCGUCGGUCCCUCGUGGCCCGUCGGUCCCUCGUGGCCCGUCGGUCCCACAUGGCCCGUCGGUCCCUCGUGGCCCGUCGGUCUCACAUGGCCCGUCGGUCCCUCGUGGCCCGUCGGUCUCACAUGGCCCGUCGGUCCCUCGUGGCCCGUCGGUCCCUCGUAGCCCGUCGGUCCCUCGUAGCCCGUCGGUCCCUCGUGGCCCGUCGGUCCCUCGUGGCCCGUCGGUCUCUCAUGGCUUUUCGGUCCCUCGUGGCCCGUCGGUCUCUCAUGGCCCGUCGGUCCCUCGUGGCCCGUCGGUCCCUCGUGGCCCGCCGGUCUCUCAUGGCCCGUCGGUCCCUCGUGGCCCGUCGGCCGAGCUAAAAUGGAAUGAGUGACAGGACAGAACCAGAGAAGUGCCAAAGAUCCCCCUCCCCCUCCUCUGCCUUCUUAUCCUCUCGCCUUCGCCCCUCCCCCCCUCUCCUCCCCUCUCUUCCCCCCUCCCCCCCCCAUCCUUUUAUCCUUCUCUUCCGAGAGAGAGAGAAAAAAGAGAGAAAGGAAUUUCCAUUAACGGAUUAACUAGGGAUUUACGUAGAAGACGAUGAAAGACGAUGAGUGAAGAAAAAAAAAAAA